AUGCCCGGCUCUAUGAAACACAAGCGCCCUGGCGCCACGCACCAGGCGGACGACAACUCAGCCAACGGCACCCCAGACCUGGGACAUCUCACUUCCGGUAUUGAUAGCCUGACCAUCCAGGAUAUCACCCGCUUCGCGAUUGACCGAGCUGGUCCCGUCGCCUCCGACCAGGCCAUGGCUGCUGUCCGAGCCACGAACGCUACCGAAUCUACUGCUCUAAUUGUGGCCUCUAUCGCCACUUUGGAAGGCCAGAUCAAUGGCGUGAAGGCUGUCAUGGAUGGCGUGAAGUCCACCAUGGAUGAUGUCAAGACUAUUGUUAAGGGAGAGAAGACUACCAUGAAUGGAAUGAUGGCAACCGUGGACGGAGUGAAGACUGCUGCCGCAAAGGCAUCCCGGGCUGCUAACGCUGCCAUCGAUCGUGCGGAUGGCACCGAUGUCGAUGUUACCCUGAUCAAUAACACCAUUGGCGAGAUUCGAGACGAGGUUAAUCAUGACUACUCACGCCUGCAGUCACUCGACAAUGAGGUCUUGGAGGUGGGCAACAAUGUCAAGGACAUGGAGUCCACUGUCGAGGAUCACGAAGCGCAGAUUGAGGACCUGAAUGAUCAGAUUCAGACUCUACAGGCGGAGCUGGAUGCACUGCGACCUGUUACAGGCGUCGUUCGCACCCUCUGUGUGAUGCUCAGAGUCUCGUACGAUGUGCUCAUGGUUGCGGCUCGUGCUCAGGCUGGCGACAAUGCUUAG